ACUACGUCCAUCCGGCCGUCCACACCACACAGCAGUUGUCAGUUCGCUGAAAUUCCGAAUCCCAAGACAGCAGCACCAGCAAGUGAACUCAGUGACCAUCGAGCAGCGGUAGAGGAAGGAAGUGUGCCGCCGCUCUCUCCCUGCAGUGAAAUUUCCUCUCGAAUCCAGCGAUUGAAAGAUGAAGGUAGUGGGUGUGGCAGUGAUGAUGGUAAUGGUGGUGUCGACGGCGGCAGGCCAUGACUGGGGCUGGGGUUCCUGUCCUUCUAUAAAGACCUUCCCAGAUCUGGAUGUAGACAAGUUCCUGGGGCUGUGGUACGUCAUCCAGCAGACAGACACCACCUCCUCCUGCCUCACCAUGAACUACUCCCGCGCGUCGCCCACUCAGCUCCGUGCCACCAAGUCCCGUCAACUUCUAGUGCUCGACUCCCUCAGCAUUGAGCACACCAACUCCUACACCGCCAAGCUGGACAUGCCAGACUUAGACAACCCAGCUGCCAUGAGGGUGAAGUGGCCCCUCAACCUGGCAGGCAAGGCAGACUACAGAGUGGUGGACAUUGACUAUGACAACUACGCUGUGGUGUUUGAGUGUCAGAAGUUUGCCAAUUUCCUGCACCGCAAGUCCACGGCCAUCCUUGCCCGCUCCCCAUCCCUCAGCAAUGAGAUCAUUUCUGAAAAGAGGAAGGCGCUAAAUGACAUGGGCAUCUCCACUGGGGACCUGGACGCCAUUGAUCACAGUGUGUGUGUGAAACGGGAGGAUGCAGGACUCAACAUUGAUAUUGACGAAGAGACCAUCAAGAAGAUGCUGAAGGAUGCUUCCCAGAGUGUCAGGAACAUUGCUUCUCAGCUCCUGACUCUUUUGCAGUUGGCUGGGGGUGCCAGCGACUUGGCAGCCAGCCUGGCUGAGCUCAGCAGGACACUGGCAAGCACCAGCUCCAACCAGGAGGCCGUGGCCAUCAUUGACUAGCAGACAUCCUUCACCUUCCCUCAGAGGAUGUGUCCUCUCCAACUGCCCACCUACACAUGGCCCACACAGGGUGAUUUGGACUGUCCUUUGAAAGGCACUUGUUUUCAUGUGGCAGGUGUAUGAGUAGAAUACAUGUCUUGGUUAACAGACUAUAGAAAGCAAGACUUGUGGAAUCAUUUUGUUAAAAAUGCUGACUCAUGCAAUGUGCAAACAUUACAAAAAAGGAAAGAGGUGCUUCUCAUCUGGUGGCUCAGUAAUCUUACACACUAUCUGUAAACACUACACAGCAAACACAUGAGUGCCUUUUUACUUGGUGGGUCCAUGUGCUAAUCUUAGAUCUAUGCCUACAUUAGUUUUCUUUCAGUUUUAGUUUUCUUUGUCUUUUAUAUAAGCUUUGUACAGGAAUGGUUUUCCACACCACAUGAAGAGGGAUAGCAGAGACAAGAAGCCUACACUCACAAAUUCAGUCACAGCCUCAGGCAUUCCCUAGAGGCAAAGAUGUUACUGUGAGCACAUCUGGGUGUCUUGUCUCAGCUUAUCCUCUUUAUGAGAAUGUCACACUGAUAUCUAGAUAUCAUCACCCUUAUGUUUCAUGUUUUUUCGAUGUACUAAACAUUUUCAUAAGAAAGAGAAGGCAAACUUGAUUUUUAGUCUUUGUCUAGUCCUUUUGUAAAUUUUUAGAACCUUUAAAAUAACUUGUAGUCAUAAUAUUUUAUUCUCAAUACAAGCUGGGCACUGAUGCAAUCACACAGUCACUUCAGCAAACUGCAAAUUCCAGUUUUCCGGAUGUGAUUUGGAUUUUUGAAAAUGUUACACUUGCUUUGGAAUUGCAGAAAAAUAUAAGUGGAAGAAUUUUAAGAAGUUUGUGAGUUUGCAGUUGUGAUUCUUGCUUGUAGUGCCUGGCAAUGUUCACUUUUAUAUUUCACUUAUAGGAAAAAUUCUGAAACAUAUUCAUCUGUUGUGAUUUACUUUGACCUGUUAAUGAAAAUAUUGCACUACACCUCUACAGUAGAAUCACAUUUAACUAAAUCUAAUAAGGGGAGAAUAAUUAAGAUCAAUACAAGAAUUCUGAUAUAAAAAAAUUAUAAGUUUUCCAUACAGAUAUAUAAAUAACCUAGUUUGAAGAAUAAUAGUAAAUUCUUGUUGGGUGUACUUCUACACCAAAGAACAUACCAUGACAGCACCACAGGGCAGCCAAGACUGUGUGUGUGUGUGUGUGUGUGUGUGUGUGUGUGUGUGUGUGUGAUGAGCAAAUGAGUUCUCUUGUGAACUGUGUUGGUGGCUGCCUGGUGAAGGAUUGGGGCUGAAAAGCUCCACCCUCUCUGCUCCUCACAACGUGUCCACAUUUUCAGAUGUUUAGAGAACAGUUAAAUGGGAUUCUACUGUAUUAAUUUUCAUCCUGGCCAUGGAGCAGAGCUGUAGCUUAAUAACUUCUUAACUCCUAUUAGUACAACAUACUAUUAAAUGAUAUGUUCUUAACUCCUAUUUGUACAACAUACUAUUAAAUGAUAUGUCAAGUAGAAUGUUAACAAAACAUUGACAUCAGGAAACAUGGUAUACAUGAGGUAAGAAAUAAAAUAAAUAAAUAAAAAACUGUUA